AUGUUUAAAAUACAGGUCGUGAAAGCGGAUAGCUCGCUAACUCGACUAUUUUCAACAGCCAAUUUGGAAAAUUUUACUGAAAAUGGAAAGAAGAUAAUUGGAAUUGCAGCUAAUUAUAAAUCGCUGUUGAAAGUAUUAAACAGAGGAAAUCCAGAUAACCCGCCCAUUUUUUUGAAACCCAGUACUUCGUACAUCAAUGAAGGCAACAAGAUCAUAAUUCCAAAGGGGUUUUCUGUUAAUCAAGAGAUUGAACUUGGCGUUAUUAUUGGGAAGAAAGGUAAGAAGAUAGCUGUAAGAGAUGCCAUGGAUUUUGUAGGGGGUUACACAGUAGCCUUGGACAUGACUGCUACAGAUCAAAUGGCCAAAAUAAAAGCUGUCGGUGGUAGUUGGACUUUGGCGAAAGGGUUCGAUACAGCCUGUCCAGUCAGCAAAUUCAUCCCCAAAGAAAAAAUUCCCAAUCCACACAAUGUGAACAUUUGGUGCACUGUCAAUGGGAAAGAAGUGCAAAAGGGUAACACAAAUGACUUGUUCUUUAAAAUUCCAGAACUGGUAUCAUAUCUUUCCAAAUAUUUCACAUUGGAGCCAAACGAUCUCAUCAUUACCGGUUCCCCGCCAGGCAUGAGCCCCGUCACAAAGGGCGACGCUAUUGAAGGAGGAAUCAAAGAUGUUGUGUCCAUAAAAUUCGAAGUUGACGAAGAAAAAUAAUGAUAAUUAUGCAGUCUUUUAUUGAAAAAUAAUUAUAAAGAUUCUAUUUUAACACAGUUGCUGACUCAAAAGAGACUUAAAAGAAUUAUUUAUACCCGGUGACACAAGAAUAUGGGAACACUAUAACUUUUAAACGGCUUGA